UCAAUCCAAUAAAAUAUCUCCUUCCACUCCUCAGCUCCACCAUGAAGUUGCUUCUCGUCCUCGCUGCCUCCCUGGCAGUCGCCGCCGCCGGCACGGUCCACCCUGCCCUCAGCCGCGCCAUUCAAGAGGGCGCCACCGAGGCGAUUCUCGAACUACCCCAGAUCAUGAACCAGGUCGAAGCCAGCCGAUCACUUUCCUCCCUCUCCGGUGACGCCAAGGUUUCCGCCCUCGUCGCCACGCUGCAAGGUCUCACCUCCGCUGCUCAGGCCCCCUUCGUCCAAGUCGCUUCUUCCCUCGGCCUCGAGACCCAGACCUACUGGGGAUCCAACAUCAUCCUCGUCAAGGGUUUGACCCCCGAAACUCUCGCCACCCUGGCCGCCACUCCCGGAGAAUUCACCCUCCGCAAGGAAGUCACCGUUCAAAUGAGCCCAUCCGUCAUCGUUGAGUCACCACAAAACAUUAGCCAAGCCGCGCAAUGGGGUGUUGAAAAGAUCAGGGCGCCCGAAGCCUGGGCGCGCACUCAAGGCGAAGGCGUCGUCGUUUGCAUCAUCGAUACCGGAGUGAAUCUAGGACACGUUGCCCUCGCUGAUGCGUACGGUGGUGCCUGGAGCGACCCGUAUUACAACACGGCUGAGCCAACUGACCAACAAGGACACGGAUCUCACUGUACAGGGACCAUUCUUGGACGUGCCAACGGUAUCGGUGUCGCCCCUGCUGCCCAAUGGGUCGCUUGCCGAGGACUUAACCACCAAGGGUCUGGAACUGAAGCUAACCUCAUCAACUGCGCCCAAUGGGUCUUGACCGCGAAUCCCAGACCAAAUAUUGUCUCCAACUCGUGGGGUGGUGGUUCUGGGGAUCCAUUUUACAACACUGUCGUAUCUGCGUGGCGAUCGGCUGGAAUCAUCCCAGUUUUCGCGAUCGGAAACUCAGGAUCAUCCUGCAGAACGGCCAACUCUCCCGGAGACCAGCCCAACCUUAUCUCCGUCGGAGCCACCACUGACACCGACGCCAUUGCGACCUUCUCCUCCCGAGGACCCAACACACAAGGAGCACUCAAACCGGAAAUUUCCGCUCCAGGAAGCAACAUUGUGUCGUGCGGAACGGGAGCUAACAAUUACGUCACCAUGUCAGGAACUUCAAUGGCCACUCCCCACACCGCUGGAGCCAUCGCUCUUAUCUUGUCUGCCAACCCAACCUAUGGAUUCGACGAGAUUUUCAACGCCCUCACGACCACCCCAGCCCACCCCACCGUUUCCAAUGCUGACAGAAAUUGCGGACUUCCAGGACCUGGAGAUUUCCCCAAUCAAGCAUUCGGUUACGGACGUAUCGACGUUGCUGCUGCUCUUGGACUUUAAAUUGAAUAAUCACAACUUGUUUUAGCCAAACUGAAUUAUUUUCAAAUUGGAAUAUACAUAUAAAUAAAAUUUAUUUUCAAACAUAAUUAACUUCAAA